AUGAGUUCAAGGACACCUGAUAAUGGGGGAGAAUCUCCAAGGGGCUCAGAAGGAAUUUGGCACCCCGCCCGCGAAUGGUUGGAAGACGACGAGCUGGAUACAGAAUACCACCCCGCGUUAGAGCCGUCCGAGCACGAUGGCGCAUGGGAGGACGACAUAUCCAAUGAAGAUCAGCAGAUGGGCUCGGGGGUUGCAAGUGGUAGGACUAAAACCCAGGCCCUCAAAAUAGUAUACAAAUGGACUAACCGCUUCGUUGUGAUAGACAAUAACCACAUCAGCAUCGGAAACAUCCAAAUCCAACUUACAGCGGACGACUCGGAGAGCGAGGACACAGACGAUUUAAAUGAGGGACACACCCGCGUGCCGGCUUCCCGAUUAUUCGAGUUGCUUGCAUCCAGUGGUUUACAACAUAUCCUCCAAGCCAAUGGUUGGCCAACCGCCUUGGAAGAAGAGCAGGAGCAGCCGGAAAAUGAAGAUGACGAGUUAAGCGACGAAGAUUUUAUGCCAAUAUUCCGAAACCGCCUCCGAGCUAGACGAUCCACAGAAACGCUUAAACUGCCACCGGUUCCUAACCCAGAGGGCAAGAAGUUGAUGAGCGAAGGUCAUUUCGGAACUGACCAAUUCUACGGCGAUCGGCUAAGACAGCGGAAGAAAUUUCUAACGACAAGCCUGAUGUGGCGAGAACUAGGCAUUGAUACCGAUGGAGUGCGGAAAAGAGCCGGCCAAUCUAUCUCUCAGGGCCUCAUUCCAAGUUCGAUUGCAGACAAGAUCAUUCACUAUGACACGCGAAGUUAUUCAGGCCAGUUCUCAGAUGAUGGGAAUUUCUUUUUCUGCUGCGCGCAAGACUUCAAGGUUCGGAUGUACGACACAUCUAAUCCGUACGACUGGAAAUACUACAAAACCGUCGAUUAUCCGUUCGGUCAGUGGACUAUCACCGAUGCGACGCUGAGCCCCGACAACCGCUUCCUUGUCUAUAGUUCAAUACGAAGUCAGGCAUAUAUGGCUACCACAGACCCAGAGGACAAGUCAGAUCCCACUGUUUUAGAUCUAUCUACUCCACCGGGUCAGAGGAGAAGGCGAAGCUGGGGUAGUUCACACUUCGGGAUUUGGUCUCUUCGAUUCUCUGGAGAUGGACGUGAAGUUGUCGCCGGCACAUCAGAAGACUCGGUUAUCGUUUAUGAUCUGGAAACACGACAACCUGUUCUAAAUCUACGAGAUCGGCAUCAACAUCAUGUCAAUGCUGUAUGUUAUGGCGACACGUCAUCACCGCACAUCCUGUACUCUGGAUCGGAUGACACGACAAUCAGGGUUUGGGACCGGCGGUCAAUGGGCGAUGGGCGUGAAGCCGGCGCCUUUAUGGGCCACACCGAGGGAUUAACGUACGUUGACAGCAAGGGCGACGGCCGAUACGUCUUAUCAAAUAGCAAAGACCAAACAAUGAAGCUUUGGGAUCUGCGGAAGAUGAUGACAUCCGCCGAUAUCGAAAACAUCGACCCCAUCGACUACUCAACCGGCUUCGAUUACCGCUUCGAGCAGUAUCCAGACCAGUACCGCAGAAAUGCCAAGAAUGACUGCUCUGUCGUUACAUAUAGGGGCCACCGAGUCCUGAAAACCUUGAUCCGCUGCCACUUCUCGCCACCGGGAAGCACGAACUCGCGCUAUGUUUACAGUGGGAGUGAGGAUGGCAAGGUUUAUGUGUACAACUUGGAUGCCACACUAGCCGGAACCAUUGAUGUUGGCCAAGCGACAUUUAACUCGCGACCGCGUGAUCCAGAUGCCUAUGCUACGGCAUAUGAGAUGAGUGGGGAGAUGCUGUGGAGGACUUGCGUUCGCGAUGCAAGCUGGCACCCGAGUGCGCCAGUACUAGCAGCAACUUCUUGGAAUGGCUGGGGCUUGUCUACUGGCACUUGUACUGUGCAUUCUUGGAAUGCCGGUGCUGCUAAAGACGAGGGGGAUCCACCCGCUGGCAAGAGUUAUGACGACAGACUACGAUACAUCCCUGAGUUCGACCAAUAUCGCGAGAAUGCACCGCAUGGUCGACCCCGGCGUCCAUUGCGCAGUCGGCCUGUUCGUCGAUGGGUCGGUGAUGAAGAAGCAGAGGACGCAAUAUGGUAA